AUGGGCUGUGUGCAAUGCAAGGAUAAAGAAGCAACGAAACUCACAGACGACCGAGACACCAGCAUCUCCCAGAGUGCCACGGUCUACCGCUAUGGCGCCGACCCCACGCCGCAGCACCAGCUAUACCCCAGCUUCGGGGUCACCGCCAUCCCCAACUUCAACAACUUCCAGGCGCCCGUCGGCCAGGGGAUGACCGUCUUCGGAGGGGUCAACACCUCCUCCCACACCGGGACCCUACGCACCCGUGGCGGAACAGGUAGGGGUGUCCAUAUGUUCCCCUUUAGCCCCUCUCCUGACUUCCCCGGACCCACUUCACCUCACGGCCCAGUCCCGGCCCCUCGACCCUGUGUUGGAAUGUCCGGCCGGCGCUUGCACAGCCCUUUGUGUGUGGGUUCAUUGUUUUAUGUUUCAUUGAGCCUCUGCUGCUACAAGAGGAACUACAUCGUUUCCACUUAAUUUAACACGGCUUCCCUCAAAGUGUGGAUUAUUUCUGUCCAAAAAUUAUCAAAAUCCACAGUCAGUUGCAGGGGACAAGGGGGUUUAACUUUGGUACAAACUGUCCCUCUCUCUCUCUUUCUCUCUCUCUCUCUUUCUCUCUCUAAACCACUUUCAUGACAAAAUAAUGCUACUGCCUUGUCUGUCUAACAGGCACCAUUUUGCUUUCAGGCUCAUAGAUGAGGAACCCUGAGUGCUCUCUCUUUUUUGAGUGUUGGGACAGUGUUGUGUGUACUGUGGAAAUGAAUAGCCUGUGCUUUGAGAGCAGGGCACUUGGGGAUAGUAGCUGUGAGAAGAGAACAAGCUGCUGCCUUUCACAUGACACGAACAUGAUAUGCGAGCUGUCGAGAUAGUAGAGAGAGAGAGGGAGAGAGAGAGAGAGAGAGAGAGAGAGAGAGAAGAGGGGAGGAGAGGGAGAGAGAGAAGAGAGAGAUAGAAGAGAGAGAGAGGAAGAGGAGAGAGAGAGGCGCGAGAGAGAGAGAGAGAGAGAGAGCAAAAGCGAGGGAAAGAUAGAGGGUUCACACUGGGGUAUUUUGCAAGCCACACGUCUGACACAUCUACCUGUCACACAUUCACAAGAUACAGACAGACUGCAUCACUUCUGCAGCAAUGCCUUCACAUUUCAAUUUACAAGAAACCCCUAGCAAGCCAGAAUACAACAACCAGGCUUUGGUUAUGCAUGGUUUAUUAUUGACUAAUCUGAGGAUUGGCAUGUGAGUGAGGGUAUGUGCUGUAUGUGUUACCUACCUGCCUGCUGGAAGAUUGUAUGAAGGACCUUUUCCAUUCAUAAUUGCUGCAGUGUUUGUAUGCUACCUUUCAGGUGAAAGAUGUCCAAUACUGUAUGAAGGCUUAUUUCCAGCUAUUUAUACUGUCACCAAUAAAAUGGAUGAUUUCACAUUCAAUUCACUACAGCUUAGUAUAUCCUCUGCAUCCAGAAAUGGCAGCAGCCUCUAGAAUAAAAGCUACCGUGCACCCAGCUUCCCUCCCAGGGUCAGUCAGUUCAAUGUGAGUCUCUCAGACUCUAAGGUUAAUUUGCUGCUCUUCCUAAUUGCAUGAGUGCUGACGCUGUGUGUUUUCUCUCGGCAGGAGUCACGCUCUUCGUGGCACUUUACGACUACGAGGCGCGGACAGAGGACGACCUCAGCUUCAGGAAAGGGGAGAAGUUUCAGAUUAUCAACAGCACGUAAGUACAGUAUAGUACAGCUACUUAUAACACAUCACACCCACUGCACUAAGAGUGGAAAAAGGCUCCUGUUCACGCUCCCCUGUGGAAGGGCUGCUCCUCAUACCCCAGUAGCACACCGUUAACCACCACCACCACCACCACCCACCGCCCACCCAUCUAGACCAAAGGCAGGAAGACACCAUCAUUAGGGCCCUCCCUAUCCUCUCCUCCUUCCCCCUUCCCUUCUUCUCCUCCCUACUCCCUUCCUCUUGGUUCAUCUCCUCCUCCUGGCCAGUAGCCAGUCAGAGCUGCAGCCUCAGCCCUCCAUCAUCCGCCCACGCCGCCCUCACUUCUUCCUUCCCUCCCUGGCAGCACCCAGGCUCUGAUCCAGCAUGGCACAUUGCCCCCUGCUGGAGAGAAGAGUAACUGCAUCCAGCCCAGGCCCUGUCUCUCCCUCUCAGUCCAGGCUGCCUGGUAAACAGACAGUACAUGGUAGAUGCCUGUUCAGGCAGGGAAUCACGUGAGCAGCCAUGGGACUCCUGUGGGUACUGAGUACAGGGACUGUUGUGUUGGCAUCUUCUCUAGGAAACGCUGAGAUUGGUGAAUGCAUCCAACACCUUACAGGGAAUCAUCCCAAACGAUAAGACUGAAGUGUUUAUACUGUUUGAUUCUGAUUUACAUUUUAGUCAUUUAGCAGAUGCUCUUAUCCAGAGCGACUUACAGUUAGUGAGUGCAUACAUACAUUUUUAAUUUUUCAUACUGGCCCCCCGUGGGAAUCGACCCCACAACCCUGGCGUUGCAAACGCCAUGCUCUACCAACUGAGCUACAUCCCUGCUGGCCAUUCCCUCCCCUAGACGAUGCUGGGCCAAUUGUGCGCCGCCCCAUGGGUCUCCCGGUCGCGGCCGGCUACGACAGAGCCUGGAUGAUUGAUUAGAAUAGUUUCCCUUAACAUGUUUGAUAUAACAAGAUGGCGCAUCUAUACGUCUUCAUCAUGCAAUUGCACAUUUAGUGCAUUUCUUCCCAGUCUAUUUUUGUAAAACUACAUCAGAAAUAAGCAGGAUAUACCACAGGUUUUUUGUUUAAUGAUUCAAGUAAAUUGUGGAUUGUUUUUGUACAUAUUCCAACUAUGAAUACUAUGCGAUAGUGGAUGCUAGCCUGACUCCAGUCUGUCAACAGAAUCUACUCCCUCAUUACUCUGUCAUUAGCAGUGACCACAGGGAGAGAAGCUAGUUUGAGCAUUACAAUACUUCUGGAGAUGGGAGAAGGCUGGUUCUUUGUUUGUUUACCCAUGUUGUUGAUUUCUGUCUUUGCGGCGCAGCCGAGUUGGUUAAAGAGGGUUUGUUUAAGAAAUCAGAAGUGGUGAAUCGACAGACUGGGGCCCAUCCCGUCCGUCUCGCUUUCUCUCUUUCACUCUCUCGCUCACUCGCUCUGUCUUUCUCUUUCCUCCUCUCCUCCCAGCAGUCCAUUGUUCCUCUCAGCUGUUGGCGUUAGCGUGUCUUCUUGAACACACUAGCCCUCCAGAGGGAACCUCCAUUGUCCUCUCAGAACAAAUUAAACCGGCCCCAUUUCUGCCUGUGAUGUCAUCCCCGGUGCUCCCUAUCAUGUUUUUAUUCAGGACAAAUGAAAGACCACCACUAGGGUUAUAGUAGUAAACAGUGAUUGGUGGUUCUGUGUGUGGGGGAGACAAUGUUUGAGGGGCUAGUGGGAGGGUGUGUGUGUGUGUGUGUGUGUGUGUGUGUGUGUGUGUGUGUGUGUGUGUGUGUGUGUGUGUGUGUGUGUGUGUGUGUGUGUGUGUGUGUACGGGCUAGCAAAUAGUGGACCACUCCUUAUAGCCGCCCGUUAAGGCAUCAGCUAUAUGUCUCCUGUACUUUGUAUGUGUGUGUUUGAUGGUGGUGUGGAGGAGUCAGGGGGAAGUGGAGGAGUGGAGGAAAGAGGAAAACAGGGAGGAGGCUGGGGAGUAGAGGAUGAGGAGUGGUGUACUGCGAAAUACAUUGAGAGAAAUAUAGGGAGAUUAAGAAUGUAUUGCCAUGUUAGAGGAUGGUGCUGAAAAGAAGAAGGGACUAUAGUGUGUUGGAGAGAGAGCGAAGGAUGAAAUUUAAGUGUGUCAGGAAGUGGAGCUAUAAAAAGAAAGAUGAAAUGAAAUGUGUGAGGGAGAGAGGGGUGUGAAAGAGGGCAGUGUGUUGGGAGGACAGGAGAGUGAGCGUGGUGGAGAGGCUGUAGUUAGAGGGAGAGAAAGAAGACAUGAGUGAGGCAGUAAUGGCUGCAUAGGCAUGCAAGCUGAGAGGUCGUUAAGAGCUCUCCCUCCCUCCUCCCAUCCCCUGCUUGUGAUCAGACAGCGCUGCCAACACAUGCUGCCUCCCUACAGUAUAUGAUUCCGUAUGAACAAGGCAUGUACUGCUUCCAAUGUAUUCACAUGUCAAAUGCGUUAUUGAUUCCAGUGGUUCAUUUGUUAUUUCUAUAGCUGCUCUCCUAAUACAUGCUGUACAUGAAACCGUCUGAUCCCACGUGGGUUCCUUUGGUUAGCAGGAGUUAAACACUUUAAGCCUCACCCCUACCGUGAGUGUCUAGUAUUGCACAUGUGUAUUGAUCAAUACUGUAUAGAAUGUCAUGUAAUGAUGCUUUUCCUCUGCUCUCUCUCUCCAUCUAUCUCUUCUCUCCCUCCCUUUCUCUGUCACCCUGCUCUCCAUCGCUCUCGCUCCAUCUCUCCCAUCUUCUCUCUCCAUUCAUCUCUCCUUCCUCGUAACUCUCUCUCCUCCCUAUCUCUCUCUCUCUCUAUCUUCAUCUCUCUCUCUCUCUCCUCUCUCUCUCUCCAUCGCGUCUCUCUCUCAUCCAUCUAUCUCUCAUCGAUCUCUUUCAUCUCUCUCUCUCUCAUCUCUCUCUCCAUCUCUCUCUCUCCAUCUCUCUCUCAUCUCUCUCUCUCUCCAUCUCUCUCUCCAUCUCUCUCUGUCAUCUAUCUCUCUCCAUCAUCCUCUCUCUCCAUCUCAUCUCUCUCUCCAUCCAUCUCUCGCUCUCCUCAUCUCAUCUCUCUCUCAUCAUCUCUCUCCAUUCGCUCUCUCCAUCUCUCUCUCACUCAUCUCUCUCUCUCUCUUCACGCCAUCUCUCUCAUCAACCUCUCUCUCUCCGCUCUCUCUUACAUCCUCAUCCUGCUCCACUCUCUCUCCAUCUCUCCUUCACUCUCUCAUCACUUCUCUCACUCUCUCCAUUCUCUCUCUCCGCAAUCCCAUUCCUCUCUCCAUCUCUCUCAUCUCUCAUCUCUCCAUCUCUCUCUCUCUCCACUCUCUCUCUCUCCAUCUACUCUCUCUCUCCAUCUCUCUCUCUCUCCAUCUCGCUCUCUCUCUCCAUCGCUCUCUCUCUUGCUCCAUCUCGCUCUCUCAUCUCUCUCUCUCCAUCUCUCUCUCUCUCCAUCUCUCUCUCUCUCCAUCCUCUCUCCCCUCUCCAUCUCUCUCUCUCCAUCUCGCUCUCUCUCUCCUCCUCCAUCGCUCUUUUCGCUCUCUCUCUCUCUCAUCUCUCUCUCUCCAUCUCUCUCUCUCUCUCUCCUCUCAUCUCCUCUCUCAUCUCUCUCACUCUCUAUCCUCUCUCUCGCUCAUCUCUCUCUCUCUCUCAUCUCUCUCAUCUCUCUCUCUCCAUCUCUCUCUCUCUCCAUCUCUCUCUCUCUCCCUCAGUGAAGGGGACUGGUGGGAUGCUCGUUCCCUUACCACUGGUGAAAAUGGCUACAUUCCCAGUAAUUACGUGGCUCCAGUGGACUCCAUCCAGGCUGAGGAGUGAGUAGCAGUCUGUCAUACUGGGUUUCAUUGGGACACUCUCUGACAGAGCUGACUAUAUGACACACCAGACACCAGGUCACAGAGUGACACUUCUCCUGUCACGUCACGUCACUCACUCACUCACUCACUCACUCACUCACUCACUCACUCACCUACUCACUCACUCACUCACUCACUCACUCACUCACACACACACACACACACACACACACACACCACACACACACACACACACACACACACACACACACACACACACACACACACACUCUCUCUCUCUUCUCACUCUCUUUUGCUCUCUCUCCUCUGUUCUCUAUCUGAGACAACAGAGAGAGAGGAAGAUGUCAGAAGUUAGACAAGCGCAGAUAUUCUCUCUAUCUCUCAGUGGCUGAAGUUAACAGUCAAGAAAAGGCUCUGAGGAGGAAUGUAAUCAUACUGGGAUUUGUACAGUAUGUCUCUGCAGAGCUGGCACUUUCACCGGCUCAUUAGAAAUAUUUUUAUUAGACACUAUAAAAGAGAGGAGAGUUGUGAGAAUUGUUAACGGGGGGGGUGUAUAUACCUUGGUGUCAGACAGUGCUACAGGCCCCUUCUCCCACCUCACUCUCCAUCAGACUCUCUGGUGAGUAAUAAUGUCAUUAUUCUAUUGGUGCACCACAAGACAUACUAUAGCAUGAUGGAUUUAAACACAGCCAGAGUUUGUAUGGGAGGUUGUUCAAUUCACCAACACUGGCUUAUUACUGUAAGAGAGGGGGAGACAUUUCAUGCAGGACAUUAAGCCUUUGCUCCCUCUCUAUAUGUAUUUAGCCAGUGCUCAGCCUCUAGUCUCAGAGACCAUGGCCAAAUGGUGAUUUAUUGAUUGUGUUGCAGUGAGAGUUUUGACUGGCCUUGUGAGUGGUGUCACAGUCAACGUGUCUCUGAUCGCUGUAUAUCAGAUUAUCAUUUUUAAACUCAAAGACCCUUUACACACAUAGUCUGUACCAAACCAAGAUGGAUGGUUUAUGAUUGUGCCUCCCUCACUCAUUGUUACCCACUCUUCAUAGCUGGUACUUUGGGAAACUGGGCCGGAAGGAUGCAGAGAGACAGCUGCUGUUCACUGGUAACCCCCGUGGCACCUAUCUCAUCAGGGAGAGCGAAACCACAAAAGGUAACCACCAACCCAUCUAAGUAAAGAGCCUGUAUGUCAAGACAGCUGUCUGACAGAAUGUUUGAUAUACUGUUCAUUUACCCAACUGAGGAGCAGCUGACUAUUCUAUAAAAGCUCAUUCUGCAUCUGUUAAUACUAUCAGCCAUUUCCUAUAACCUCCAGUGUUAUUAAUGCAUGAGGUAAGUGAUUGUUUCCCAGUGACACUCUACUCCCCAUCUGCGUGUCCUGUAGGUGCCUUCUCCCUGUCCAUACGAGACUGGGAUGACGUGAAGGGAGACCACGUGAAGCAUUAUAAGAUCCGUAAGCUGGACAGCGGAGGUUACUACAUCACUACCAGGGCUCAGUUUGAGACCCUGCAGCAGCUGGUGCAGCACUACUCAGGUAAGAGUCAGAAACAGUCCAAGUUACACCAUUCAUACACCAUUCAUUAGACAUGUAUGACUGAAAUGGCUACGAUAGGCAUAUUGCCUCAAAAAAUUGCUAGUGUAUCAUCGUCUUAAGUGUAGGCCUAGAGUUACAGUAACAGAGAGCUUCUAUAGACAUAGCUACUCUACUCGGAUAAGAGUCCAAAACAGUCAGUUAUACCAUUCAUACACCUUUAUUUGAAUUCUUAUUAGACAUCUAUGAGUGACAUAGAUAUGAUGAUGUGUAGGCUUAGAGUUACAGUAAUGUACAGUGCAACUCCUCCAGGCAGAGCUGUAGUCAUAUUGGUGUUAUAGUAUAGUGGAGACAGGACAUGGACAUAGCAGAUGAUUUGAAAGCCUAAAUAGAUACAAGAGGCUUCUCUUUUGUCUGGUGUCCAUUUCCUUGGAUUGAUCCAGAAGUGCAUUAUGCUGACACUGUUAGUCUGUAUAAUCUCAUUUACACUGUUAAGGCAUCUUCAAAUGCAGGAAUAGAAAGUGAAGCUCACACUUAAGAUUUGAGAAGGGAAUAGAGUGCAAUUGAAGUGAAAUUGAAGUAAAGGCUAGGGCUAGUGGUAAAGUAAAACAUAAACGCAAACUUCAAAUACUCAGCUUAGCACUUUCAAAACUUUCAGAAAACUGUUGAGAAUGCAACAGAUAAGUGAUUCAAGAAUUGAUGAAGUGACACAUUUUGAAAUAAAUUAUUCUACAAAUAUUGAGAGCAAAAUCAGUCUAGAUUGACACUAGCGCCACUUAUUGUGGUUUGAAAAGGGGACCCUGAAAGGGUGAUGUAGCCUACUGUAUCUAUUUUGUCUUAGUGUGAGUUAGUGGGCCUAUUACCUCACCCUAAUGGGCCUGUUAGUCCCGGCGGUAUUGAGUGUCCCAGUUGUACAGACCAUGUUCUCAGUAGACGAGGAGGACAGUUGAACGUCACUCUGAUGAUGAUGACACACUGCAUUCAUGAGCAUGUGUUGGUGUCAGAUGAGACAGCUCUCUCUCUCUCUCUCUCUUCUCUCUCUCUCUCUCUCUCUCUCUCGAUCUAUCUCUCUAUGCUCUCUCUCUUUAUCUCUUUCUCUUCUAUCUCUCUCUCUCUCUCUCUCUAGCUCUAUCUCUUUGCUCUCUCUCUAUAUCCCUCUCUUUCACUCUCUCUCUUUUCCUCACCCAAUUUCUCUCACUCCACGCUCUCCCUUUCUCUCUCUCCCUCUCUCUUUAUGUAUCUCUCUACCGCUAUGUAUGUGUCUUUCUCUCUCCCCUGACUAUCUCUCUCCAUGAGAAGGGUGAUGUGCUCCAGUUAUCACAUUGACAUAUUGAUGCUUAGUCCACUGGAAAUGAACCGUAUGGAUUUUGUGUGUAUUUUUGUGUCACAGUGCAUUAAUUGUCUCUUUCCGUGCCCUCUAUCGCCACUCCAGGGAGCAUAUAGUGUGAAGUUCAAACAUACCUCUUCAAAUGACCUUGACCGCUGUUGUUUUCUUCCAGGGCUUGUGCUUCUUCUGUUGCCUUUUGCUUUCUCACAAUCUCUCACUUGGGUCUUUGUCGAGGUUCAAUUUCUAUAUUAUCAACACAUCAGCCAAAACACCACCAGCCCAAACUACACUCUUAGAAAAAAAAGGUGCUAUCUAGAACCUAAAAUGGUUAUUCGGCUGUCCCCAUAGGAGAACCCUUUGAAGAAUCCAUUUUGGUUCCAGGUAGAAUCAUUUUGGGUUCCAUGAAGAACCCUUUCCACAGAGGAUUCUACAUGGAACCCAAAAGGGUUCUACAUGAAACCAAAAACGGUUCUACCUGGAACCAAAAAGGGUUCUCCUAUGGGGACAGCUGAAAACCCUUUUGAAACCCUUUUUUCUAAGAGUGUAGCAAAAAAAUAAUAAUUAAAUCCUUCUCUCGGUAAUACCACUUUAUCUUAAUAGCCAACAAGGACAAAUAACUGUUUUGAUACCUACUGUGUGCAUGCAGUGUGCCCAACGCCAGCCUCUCCCAUUUGCUGUAUUGACAUGUUUUAUGAUAGUGAGACUGAGACAUAAAGUACAGUAUUGAUGCCUGGUCACAGCAGCAGGCCCCGAUGGGCUUUAAUGGCUGCAGCACAGUCAGAACACAACACUCCCAUUGGAGAGACACAAGCCUUUAUCUCCCCUUUACUACCCUGAGCAAACAGCCUGGUCUUUAUCUCCAGGGGGGCCUGGGGCCCCUGCAUGUCAGGGGAAUCAAAGUGGAGGGACGGCGGCGGAAGCAACGUCCCCAGGCCUCACUUUCAAUCGAUGGUGGGCAAACACAUCUACUUCCUCUGCGGAAAGAAGAAACGCUAAUUUUCAUGUCAGGGAUGAGAUAACGUGUUUUCAUCAUCACACACACUAAUGGACACACAGCUACCAGCCGCAAUGGCUUCUGCUGUCCCUGUCUCAAAUCUAGACUAGGGUACCCUCCUUGACUACCUAGUUUGCAUGAACAUUAAAACAUCCUAGUUGUAAUGCACCGUGUAGUGGUCUCUGUAUGUGUUUAACCAUCAUCGCACAUACAUUUCCAUUUGCAGUGAUAGCCGGCCUGUCAAUCUCUUAGCAAUUACAGUCAUUAUCAUAAAGCGUUGGGAGUCAAACAUGUCCAUUAGCCAGAGUAGAACCAUUAACGUGUCCAGCUAUACCAGGCUGUUGCAGUCAUACCUGACCUUUGCUAAUCACUUCAUUCUAGCUUUGACUAAGAGCAACCGGUACACAAAACAGGCUGCAACCUGAACAACACUGACCUUUCAAUUCCUUUUUGAAUUCCUUAUUGAAUUCCUUACAUUCAAAGGAAUAUAGUGCAGCUGGUAAAAAUUUCAGUUAUUUGUGUGUCAUCAACAGAGCCGACAGAAUCCUAUUGCAGUACUGUACGAGACUUACAGGGGGGAGGAUAGAGGGUGGAUGGAACAGCACUCAGUGUGAUUUGAUGCACAGCAGCUAAGAGGGCAUUAGACAGAUGAACGCUUGACCUUAUGGCCCUGGGACAGACACUGUCUGGGACAUCUAAUGGGACAGAUUGACUGGCUGCUGUGGUGCUUACCUGAGCUCAUCGCUGGAUGCACCUGGAACUGUUCUGCUAUAAGAGUUCAAACUGAAACUGAAUGAUAAUUGAUAUAGUUAUAGAUCUAUCCCUAGAUGACAUAGGUUGGAUACUGAGUUGAUAGGGAAUCGGAAGCGAGCAGUAUGGGCCGAUCGAUCGCUCUCUACUCGCAUAUCGAUAUAUCCUCUCUAUCUCUAUCUCUAUCUUUAGCUCUCUCUCUAUCUCUCUCUCUCUUCUCUCUCUCUCUCUCUCUCUCUCUCUCGCUAUCUCGCUCUCUCUCUCUCUCUCUCUUCUCUCUCUCUCCUCUCUCUCUCUCUUCAAAUAUGCUUUGCUAACUGCUUUCUUUCAACCUCCCCUCCCUUCUCUAUCUCACCCUGUGUCUCUGAAUGCGUGUGUUUGUGAUGGGUGUGUAUGUGUGUGUGUAUGUGUGCGCGCGCGCUCAUUAUGCCUGUCUGCAGAGCGGGCCGCGGGGCUGUGCUGUCGCUUGGUAGUGCCCUGCCACAAAGGGAUGCCCCGCCUCACCGACCUGUCCGUCAAAACCAAAGAUGUGUGGGAGAUCCCGCGGGAGUCACUGCAGCUCAUCAAGCGUCUGGGGAAUGGGCAGUUUGGGGAGGUCUGGAUGGGUACGGGCAGACUCGCCUCCGUAAACGUCUGGCCACAGGCUACAUGAAAGGAGGCCACACUGACUGAGUAAGCAGAGACAUCAGACAGAGAACAGAUUCAGACAGUCUACUCACAACCUCUCUCUGAGAAAAGUGGGAUGUCAAAAACGUCUUUACUGUUAAAUGAGAUCAUCAUUACCUGGUUUCUCCUGAGGGACACUUUUAGUCCGUGAUCCAUGUAAAACACGAACAAUGAAUUCAACAAACUGUCAGUCUACAAACUCUGCUCUCUCAGUUCAAUAUGGCUUUCUUCCAUCUGCCUCUUUGCAUGUUCCUCUCCCUAGUAGUUAACCCUGUGUGCCUUGCCUUCCCUGUUCCCUCCCCUGUAGAGAGUGCGGAUGGUUUGUGCUUUAAUUUAACGGGUGUGUGUGUGAACUACACCCCUGAUACUAUGGGCCUGACUCACGAUUCCUGGGAAAUCGCCAGAGACUCACUUGAGUUGGAAGUAAAGCUGGGGGCGGGAUGUUUUGCUGAGGUGUGGUGUGGUAAGGACAAAGUAGUUCCAUCAUUUUCUUUUCAUUUCUAGUGAGGGGUGUCCAGGAGGAACAUUUGAUAACUUAUAUUUAUUUAUUUUCUAAAUAUUGAAUCACCUGAGGACAUUUUCAGUCUGUAUAACACAAAAUGAAACUUUUGUGCAGGUGGUUCAGUUUUGUAUUGUAAUUGUUAAUGAAAAUGUAAGUUAUCGUUCUUUUUCCAGGAUACCCUACAUUUUAGUAAAUAUUAUUUUGUCAUGCUUCAUUUGAGGGCUUAAAGGCUUAAAUCAAUAGUCUAAAAGUAACUUUUUAAACAUACAAUCCUACUAUUAUUUUAAUGUAUCUUGUGUAGAACUUGGUUCAUUGACUACUUUUGAGUCCAAAGUUUUAGAUCAGGGCUGUGUCCUGUUGUAAUGUUUGGACAUGCUGUUUAGGGGUUUGGGGUUUUGGUUGGGGCUAGCCCCACACCCUGCUGCCAGUGACACCCAGUCCCCUGGGAUCCCAUUACCUCAGAACCCAGCGGGGGACCUCAGCACAGUCACUGCACAGUACCAGGCCCCAAAAAAACUGACAAGGCCCAGCACUCACAGCUGUGUCACUUAUCAACACUGCGCUCCAGGAUUUAUAAAAAUUCUUAAAUUAAAAUCCCCAAACCCACCGCAGUAGAAAUGCAUGUGGAGCCCAAAUGUCACACACUGACUCGAGGUCUGUCUUGCCUUUAUUUACUGUGACAGGUCGCAUCCCAAAUGGCAUCCUAUUCCUUAUAUAGUGCCCUACUUUUGGGCCCUGGUCAAAAGUAGUGCAGAAUAGGGUGCCAUUUGGGACGCAGCCACAGAACAAGCUAAAUGACCUCGUAUGAAGAAUAUACCCUGAUUUCAAUGUUUUACAGUGUGCUUACUGACACAAAGGCCUGUAGAGAACAGUGGCAUGCUAACACUGUGCUACAGUACAGUAACUGGCACAACAUGAGAGAGGGCCUUACUUAUAGGGCUGUUGCCUUUGUUAAUCAUCCUACAAUGGAUUAUCCUUUCCCGUGUUGGUAUAUUGUGGGGUUUAAAACCUCGCCAGAUCUCUCUCAUGGCUUUUGAAAGCCAUUUGAAAUGAAGGGUCACUAUAAAUGUCAUACACAUUGAUUUGUCCCUCAGGACAACCUUUGUGCAUGUCAAUUAAAGGCAAGCAGACGUCAAUGUCCAUUUCUGGGUUGUGUGCUGUUUUGUUGGUAUUUCAAAGCAAGACUUGUCAGUUUAUUUAGUUGUUAGAUAUGCACAUACUAUAUUGUACACAGUAUUACUUAUUGAAUUCACAACUAAAUGGGCUCAAGUCUUUCUUUGUGACAUGAUGUACUGUAUACAUCAAUGAACGGUUUUCCAGAUCCAGAUUGAGCGUAGUCCUGGACUACAAAGCAUGCUCAAUGGAGGAUCUCCACUGAAAUAACCUUUAAGUCCAAGACUAGGCUUAAACUGUGUCUAGGAAACCGGCCCCAAAAGUUGUGAGAUGUGAUGGCUGUACUAAUACUUUGUUAUUGGUGGGUAACAGGAACGUGGAACGGCACCACUAAGGUGGCAGUGAAGACGCUGAAGCCAGGCACCAUGUCUCCUGAGUCCUUCCUGGAGGAAGCCCAGAUCAUGAAGAAGCUCCGCCAUGACAAGCUGGUGCAGCUCUACGCUGUGGUGUCUGAGGAACCCAUCUACAUCGUCACUGAGUACAUGGGCAAAGGUAUUGUCACUCACACACCCAUGAAUGGACGCAUGCACACAUAGAGACAGACAAACACCCACACCCACACACAGUUCAUGUUGUAACACACAAAAACACACACAAUACAAUACCUUUGUCCACGUACUCUGCAACGAUGCUAUGGAGAAAACGGACCCUAUAACUCUAUAUUUUUUAAAGUAAUAAUUAAACAUUGACACUGUGGUGAACCAGCACCUUCAGUGACACACUGUAGGCCUAGUUAGAUAGACUAUGUAACCAUCUGCCUUGUUGCAGGCCCUGUAGUUGUUCUUACUCUGGAAUAGUGUGUUUCUUCAGUGCGACAAUAAUUAGAGCCUUUCUUCAGUGCGACAAUAAUUAGAGCCUAUAUUUAACUAUGGCACAGUCGGCCAACAAGCUGACGUUUAGGAGCACCACAACAAAGAGCUUCAGAUCCGUGAAUUAAGUAUAGAAGAAGAUGGGAUGAAAACUUUGAUGUGAUCAUUGUUUCUUCGGCAUGCUGGGAAGGAAUCCCACAUCCCACUGUUAACUGAUGUUCAGAAGACUGUUUCAAUAAAGAUAUGCUAUUUCAAAUGCAUGUUCUGACAACAGAUAUCUCCUGUUGUUUAGGAAGCCUCCUGGAUUUCCUGAAGGAUGGGGAGGGACGAGGACUGAAGCUGCCCAAUCUGGUUGACAUGGCAGCCCAGGUAAGGCCCGAUAAAGAUGUCACUCACUCAGUUCUGUGUUUAUACAACGGAACUCUGUGUGACUUCACAAACAAGACGACUCAGCAGCACUGAAACUUCAGGACAGUGGUGUGUCAUCGUGUGUUGUAUUCUCUCUGGAACUACAGUACCAGUCAAAAGUUUGGACACACCUACUCAUUCAAGGGUUUUUCUUUAUUUUUACUAUUUACUACAUUGUAGAAUAAUAGUGAAGACAUCAAAACUAUGAAAUAACACAUCGGGAGUCAUGUAGUAACCAAAAAAGUGUUAAACAAAUCAAAAUGUGAGAUUCUUCUAAGUAGCCACCGUUUGCCUUGAUUACAGCUUUGCAAACUCUUGGCAUUCUCUCAACCAGCUUCAUGAGGAAUGCUUUUCCCACAUAUGCUGAGCACUUGUUGGCUUCUUUUCCUUUACUUUGCAGUCCAACUCAUCCCAAACCAUCUCAAUUGGGUUGAGGUCGGGUGAUUGUGGAGGACAGGUAAUCUGAUGCAACACUCCAUCACUCUCCUUCUUGGUCAAAUAGCCCUUACACAGCCUGGAGGUGUGUUGGGUCAUUGUCCUGUUGAAAAACAAAUGAUAGUCCCACUAAAUGCAAACCAGAUGGGAUGGUGUAUCGCUGCAGACUGCUGUGGUAUUCAUGCUGGUUAAUUGUGCCUUGAAUUCUAAAUAAAUCACAGACAGUGUCACCAGCAAAGCACCAUCACACCUCCUCCUCCAUGCUUCACGGUGGGAACCACACAUGCAGAGAUCAUCCGUUCACCUACUCUGCGUCUCACAAAGACACGGCGGUUGGAACCAAAGAUCUCAAAUUUGGACUCAUCAGACCAAAGUACAGAUCUCCACCAGACUAAUGUCCAUUGCUCGUGUUUGUUGGCCCAAGCAAGUCUCUUCUUAUUAUUGGUGUCCUUUAGUAGUGGUUUCUUUGCAGCAAUUCGACCAUGAAGGCCUGAUUCACGCAGUCACCUCUGAACAGUUGAUGUUGAGAUGUGUCUGUUACUUGAACUCUGUGAAGUAUUUAUUUGGGCUGCAAUCUGAGGUGCAGUUAACUCUAAUGAACUUAUCCUCUGCAGCAGAGGUAACUCUGGAUCUUCCUUUCCUGUGGCGGUCCUCAUGAGAGCCAGUUUCAUCAUAGCGCUUGAUGGUUUUUGCGACUGCACUUGAAGAAACUUUCAAAGUUCUUGAAAUGUUCAGGAUUUACUGACUUUCAUGUCUUAAAGUAAUGAUGGACUGUCGUUUCUCUUUACUUAUUUGAGCUGUUCUUGCCAUAAUAUGGACUUGGUCUUUUACCAAAUAGGGCUAUCUUCUGUAUACCACCCCUACCUUGUCACAACACUACUGAUUGGCUCAAACGCAUUAAGAAGGAAAGAAAUUCCACAAAUUAACUUUUAAGAAGGCACACCUGUUAAUUGAAAUGCAUUCCAGGUGACUACCUCAUGAAGCUGGUUGAGAGAAUGCCAAGAGUGUGCAAAGCUGUCAUCAAGGAAAAGGGUGGCUACUUUGAAGAAUCUCAAAUAUAAAAUAUAUUUUGAUUUGUUUAACACUUUAUGGGUUACUACAUGAUUCCAUAUGUGUUAUUUCAUAGUUUUGAUGUCUUCACUAUUAUUCUACAAUGUAGAAAAUAGUAAAAAUAAAGAAAAACCUUUGAAUGAGUAGGCAUGUCCAAACUUUUGACUGGUACUGUACGUUUAACUCAGUUAUUUUACUGUGCUCACUGUGUGUGUGUGUGUGUGUGUAUGUGUAUGUGUGUUCCAGGUGGCAGCAGGCAUGGCGUACAUCGAGAGGAUGAACUACAUUCACAGAGACCUGCGCUCAGCUAACAUCCUGGUCGGGGACAACCUAGUGUGUAAGAUCGCCGACUUCGGAUUGGCCAGGCUGAUUGAGGACAACGAGUACACAGCACGGCAAGGUGAGGUCACACACACACACACACACACACACACAUAUACACACUAAUGAUUGCCUUGGUUCAUGAAGAUAGUUCUUCCAACACAAGCCAUACUGUGUACAUCAUCACAAACUGACAGGAUGUUAAUGGCUCCCAUUUCAGAUCACUGUCUGUCUAUUCCAAUGUACUACAGACUAGAACAGAGAUACUGAGAGACACUCCCAUCUAUAGAGAGAAAGAAUACCGGUAGCCAUAUGUAGUUAAGUUACAUUCUGUCAUUCACUUAUAUCCCGCUCUGUUCUCUCCCAGGUGCUAAGUUCCCUAUUAAGUGGACAGCCCCGGAGGCUGCGCUGUAUGGGAAGUUCACCAUCAAGUCCGACGUGUGGUCGUUCGGCAUCCUUCUCACUGAGCUGGUCACUAAGGGACGGGUACCCUACCCAGGUGAGGAGGAUCAAGGGACAAAUGACCAGACUGUCAAUGGUUGUGUCCCCAAUGGCACCCAUAGGGCUCUGGUCAAAAGUAGCGCUCUAUAUAGGGUAAAGGGUGCCAUUUUUGGACGCAACCCAUGUGAUGUAAUGUCCACAUCCUGACAGAGCUCAAGAGGAUGUGUGUUAUGUUUGUUUUUAUUAAGUUACUAUUAAGGAUAAGCCUCACUUGUAUUACGAAUAGGUAGAAGACUAUGGUGACAUUAUAAAGCACAACAAGAGAUUUUAUAACAAUUUGCAGGCAACUCCUACUGUUUACGUUAAAGAAAAUAAGAGGUUUAACCACGGCUGAGUAAUUUUGUUUUCCUGCCAGAAUCUGAGAUUUAUAACCGUUAAUCCAGGGUCUGCCUUUGGGCCACUGCUAGCACAUGUGAGAGGACUGGUCAGGGGUAGGGAGUUGACUGAGAGCAGCCUCACUGAGGGAGGGAGGGAGGGGGAACACAUGUUUGUCCAGUUGGGCCACGCUUCGCUGAGCCAGGGUGGUGUGCGAAAGGGAGGGAGGGAGGGAGGGAGGGAGGGAGGGAGGGAGGGAGGGAGGGAGGGAGGGAGAGAGAGAGAGAGGGGGGGGGGGGGGGGACUUGCACGCUAUGGAGGCCAAGCUGGGGCUAAGGGGAUAAUAGCAUCAUCCUAACAGAUGUCUUAGCAGCUUUGAGGCCCUUUCUCCGGACUCUUCUUGUUGAUGCCGAGGCUAUCUCUUAGCUAGUGAAAAACAGAUAGUAAGCCAUUGAAACAUCCCCUGGUUGUAAAACUUUUAACCCCUGUGUUACAUAAAUGCUUUCCCCAGGUCCAGAUGUUGCCUUAAGAUCAGCAUUACUGAGGUUUAAAUGUCUAUGUCAUUAAGAUCAUUCAGUAGAGGUCAAAACAGAUGUCUUUCAUUGAACUGUCUUAUCGGUUACUUUAAAAGCCUCUGCUGUAGUUACUAACCGUAUCUCUAUCUCUUUUCCUGUGUGUGUGUGUGUGUGUGUGUGUGUGUGUGUGUGUGUGUGUGUGUGUGUGUGUGUGUGUGUGUGUGUGUGUGUGUGUGUCUGUGUGUCUGUGUGUCUGUAUGUCUGUGUGUGUGUGUGUGUGUCUGUGUCUGUGUUUGUCCGGCGCGUGUGUGUGUAGGGAUGAACAACCGGGAGGUGCUGGAGCAGGUGGAGCGAGGGUACAGGAUGCCCUGUCCCCAGGACUGCCCCAUCUCCCUCCACGAGCUCAUGGUGCAGUGCUGGAAGAAGGAUGCCGAGGAGAGGCCCACCUUCGAAUACCUGCAGGCCUUCUUGGAGGACUACUUCACGGCCACGGAGCCACAGUACCAGCCAGGGGACAACCUCUAA